GGGCAACUGAGCGACAAAAAUGUCUGGAAAAGUGGUUAGACCAUCCGCAGCACUGCUGGAAGUCUUUAAAUCAUGGCAAGGCGGUGCGAUUCGAGUUCAGCGAAACGAGAAGCUGAAAACAAGACUUGACGUAAUUCUGGACCGCCCGGAAAAGAAUAAUUGUUUGUCUGGAGAAAUGAUGAAGCAGUUUGGAGAGCACACUGAGCUAUUUUCCGAUGAUCAAAACGCAAUUAUCGUUGUUUCGGGAGUUGGAAAAUCGUUCUGCUCGGGUGCUGAUUUGGGUCUUAUCAAAGAUAUUUCGGACCAAAAGCUUGGCGUCCAAAUGUUCGAGUACAUGUCAUCAAUUCUUUCACUUCUCCACUCAUCACCAGCUAUUUCAAUUGCGAAAAUCCAUGGCCACGCACUCGGCGGAGCCACCGAAAUUUGCUCGUCGACCGACAUUCGAAUUGCUCAUUCUGGCUCGAAAAUCGCAUUUUUUCAAUCGAAAAUGGGAAUUGUUCCGUCGUGGGGAGGUGCCGAAUAUAUGGAGGGAAUUAUGGGUAGAGGACGAGCAUUAGCUGCAAUGGGACGGGCAAAUGUUAUGUCAGCUGAGGAAGCAAAGGAUCAAGGAUAUGUGGAUUAUGUGUACAAAAGUGAAGAUGAAGCUGAGAACUUCAUCAACCAAGUGGCUAGCGCUGGUUUGAAAGUGACAAGAGCCCAGAAAGCUAUGCUGAACGCUGUAAAAAUAGGAAAAACGGAGCAAAAACAAGUGCUGGAAGCCGUCUGGAACGGGGAAACUCAUCGAAAUGCACUUCAGAAACAACUCGAAGCGGUCGUCAAGAAAUAAUUUUGCUUUUUUUUGAAAGAAUUUUGUAUUGUAUUUUAAACUAUUUUUAGAGAAAUGAACAAUUCUGAAUCC